CGGCUCAAGCUCUAGCAAGACCCCUCCCUCGCCCUCCUAGUAGACCAUGUUCGCCCGCGCCUCCCUCAUCUCCGCCUCGACGCUGCGUCGCGCCUUCUCCACGGCCACCGGCCAGCAGAAGGUGGCCGUGCUGGGUGCCGCCGGCGGCAUCGGCCAGCCCAUGUCGCUGCUGCUCAAGGACUGCGACCACAUCGGCCACCUGAGCCUCUUCGACGUGGUCAACACGCCCGGCGUGGCCGCCGACAUCGGCCACAUCAACACGCACGCCAAGGUGACGGGCCACGUGGGCAUGGAGCAGGCCGGCGAGGCCCUCGAGGGCGCCGACGUCGUGGUGAUCCCCGCCGGCGUGCCGCGCAAGCCCGGCAUGACCCGUGACGACCUGUUCAACACGAACGCCGGCAUCGUGCAGUCGCUGGCCGCCGCCGCCGCCGAGCACUGCCCCAACGCCAUGAUGCUCAUCAUCGCCAACCCCGUCAACUCGACGGUGCCCAUCGUGGCCGAGACCUUCAAGAAGGCCGGCGUGUACGACCCCAAGCGCCUCUUCGGCGUCACGACGCUGGACGUGGUCCGCGCCGCCACAUUCGUGGCCGAGAACCAGAAGUGGAACCCGCGCACCACCAACGUCAAGGUGAUCGGCGGCCACGCCGGCACGACCAUCCUGCCCCUGCUGUCGCAGCUCGAGGGCGCCAAGUUCUCGGAGGAGGACAUUGCCAAGCUCACGCACCGCAUCCAGUUCGGCGGCGACGAGGUCGUGCAGGCCAAGAACGGCACGGGCUCGGCCACGCUCUCCAUGGCCUACGCCGGCGCCCGCUUCACCACGCGCCUCCUGGACGCCAUGAACGGCGCCAAGGACGUCGUCGAGUGCUCGUACACGCAGAACGACGUGACCAAGCUGCCCUUCUUCUCGACGCCCGUGACGCUCGGCCCCAACGGUGUGGAGCAGGUGCACCACUUCGGCGAGCUCUCGGCCGUGGAGCAGGCCAACUUCGACGAGAUGAUCGUGGCCCUCGAGGCCCAGAUCAAGAAGGGUGUGGACUUCGCCAAGAACAACUAAGUUGCUGGUCUAAAGGCUGGUUAGCUAGCUGCACCGAGGACGCUUUAGAGCCUCGAUAACGCUAGCUCUAUCAAACAUGUAGCCUUGAUAUCUGUUUUUGCUCAAA